UAUUUGGAUUCUAGGAUGUUAUAACUCCAGGAAACAGGCUAGCUCCAGCAAGCAGGAAAAGCACUAAAAGAUGUCAUGAUGUUUAAACGAAAGUAUCACAACAUGAGGUCUGCCUAUGGGAGACGUGCAUCUUGAUCACAUGGUGCUUGUGUAAGUAGGCUAUUAAAAAGCUGGAGGAGAGACAGAUGCAGCUGAAAGCUACAGUGAAGUCUGCCCCGAACACAUUUAGGGUGCCAUUAACUGUGGAUAAUAAUGUUGCGUAAAAUGAAAAAAGCAACCAAGAUGGUGCCCACCCGGGGAGUUGGUGCCAUAUGCAAACUGCGUUCUCUGCAUAUAGGGAACAGCCGUACUGCCAAGGAGGGUGGCAGUACGGGAAUUACUUUGGGACAGGGAUCCACUUAUCAUUUUUGGAAUUUUGUUCCCCUUCUGGAGCACCCAUAGGAAUGAUUGACUGGCCACUGACAGCACUCAAGGUUCCUCUGGUGAUCCUGAGAUGGAGCCUCAGAAAAACAAAGAGUCUGAUAAAAAAGCAUUUCUAGACUUAAAGAAGUUUUCAAAAUCUGGACCUGAAAUGCCAACAGAAACUGCAGAGGAACUUGACUUCAAUGGAAACUUGGAACAGAACCGUCUGGAUGAAGCACAGAAGCUGCUGGUGGCUGCUGAGGAACGUCUGUUUGGUUCGAAUAAACCAGCCAGAGCCGAGGAAGAGGAGGGAGAGCUGCUGAAUAACUACCAAUACUUCAUCGCUCAUCUGGAGAUGAUUAUCAAUGACUCCUUCAUUGAGGACAACCAGGAGAGACUCAAGAGUGCUGUGACUGCCAUACUUCAGGAGGAGGCACAGGACAAACGCUGGGAGACAUUGGCUGUGGAGAAACGGCCAUCAUGGAGGCCAACAAUGUGCAGAAAGAACCAUGACACACAACUCAAGGCUAUUGUGGAGAAACGAAUGAAGAAUGCAAAUGAACAGGAGAAUGGGGCGAACGAGCUGUCAACUCCCUUGAAGAGAGAAGUGUGCCGAAUGGGCAAGCAAAUACAAAAAGAUCUGUUGGUUGUGGCCAGACGGUUGAGGGAAUGUUACCCACCAGACUUUGACAUUUGCAGAAUUUAUGCCCAGCUUUACCAUCAGGCUUUCUCCAACAGACUUCAGGAACUGACCAGAUCUAAGGUGGAUGUUGAGGAUUGUUGCUAUAUAUUAAGUUGGAUUGUGUUUCACUACCCAAGUGAAGUGCUGAACCACAAGGAAUUGAAAGAGCACAUCGACCAAACAUCGCUUGGACCUCUGCUGCCUGAAGGAACUCUUAAGAUAUUACAUGAACAGUACUUUUUACACAAAGAGAAAGAAGUCAGAAAGUGGUUGUCCAACGCUUUUGGGAAAGAAUUCAGGAAAUGGAGUGAUGGCAUUGAGCCACAACUGAUGGAUGGAGUCUACUUCAGCAGUCUUGCAGUAGAUAUUUUACCGCUUAUUGAUUCAUCUAUGAAAGAGAUCAAAUCAGUUUUUGGCUCUGAAAGGAAAAAUGAGUUCAUUUUAUGCCAGCUUGACAGUUACCUAAAAGACUAUAGGAAAAAUCUAGAGGAAUUUAUCAAAGUUAAACAAGGAGGUGCUGCUAAAACACUCUGCGCGAAUCUGGUUACCGUUCACCAGUUUAGGGAUUAUGUACAGGAAAAAGAAAGUCUUUUCCCAGAAAAGACUAAAACAUCGUUGCUGUUUACAUUAGCAGACAUCAAAACAGAUUGUCAGCAAUAUUUUCUAAGUCAAAUUCACGCAGAACUAAAGCCACUGUACCGUAAGCUUUGGACUGACGCCUGGUGUCAUAAGCACGAUAAGGUUUUGGAUGACCUGGUGAAAGCACUUGAAAAUCAUAUUCAUAGAUUGAAACCACUGAAGUCUAUCUGCCGAGAGGAACUGCUGGGCGAGUUGCAUUUAGCAGUAAUGGUUGAGUAUGUGAGGCGAAUGAUGAAGAAAAAACUGAAGCUGAAAAAGAAGAAACAGCAGGAAGAAGCUGCUGAGUUCAUGGGCCAAGACAGCAAAAGAAUCUGCUCUACAUUUGCCAAUGCAGGGUCCAAUGUGAAAUGGCUUUCUGAAAUACUGCCAAGAUUAUCUGAGAUCCUGAAACUUCAAGACCCUGGGAGCCUGAAACUUGAGAUAGUUUCACUAGCAAGAAUCUAUCCUGACCUGAGUCAGCAACAUGUUGUUGCUGUCUUAACCAUGAAAAGCAACCUAUCAAGCUCGGAUGUGUGUGAGAUCAAAGAUUGUUUGCGUGAGAACAGGGACCCGCAGGAUGAUCAGUCCUCCCCUUCUUUCUUUUCCAAAGUUAUUGUGAAAAAAAAAAUGAGCCCUCCUCUUCUUUCUUUUCCAAAAACAUUGUGAUAAAAAUCCUAUAAGUGUGCAGUUUGAUCUGCACAUAAAUGUAGCACAAAUAUCAGUAUUGAAGCACUUAAUGCAUUACGUAAAAUCUGUAUUUACUUACAAUGUACAGUAUUGUAUGAUUUUAAAUGUUUCUGAUCCUUGUGAAUAGAAAUGUAAUUUAUUGUAUAGCCCACAUUUAUGUUUACUGUAUAUGUGCAUAAAUCUGUAAAAAUCAAGCUUUUAAUCUAAGAUGUAACAUAUACUUUCAUUAGUAUAGUCCGGAGUGCACAAGACUUUUUGUCCUGGUUCUCAAAGGGUGGAGCUGGAGAUGUUGCUUGGUACUUGCACUAUUCAUGGCACAGACUCCUGACUAUCUUUGCCAUAUUUCCUUGAUUUAAAUAUUUUAGACGGUGAUGUACAUAAAAUAAAAUAUGCCUGGUUAUUGUUUUUCACCCAUGUAACCUUUAUAAAUAACUACUGGCUACUAGAACAAACACACAAAUGAAAUAAACAGUGCUGUUCAUGUUUUUAAGUUGCUCUGUAGUUUUCAGGUAUACAGAAACUAAAUAAAGUUAUCAGAUAAUACUG